AUGGGAAGAAUGGAGGCAGCUGCUCCUUGCCACUGGCCCCAUGGGACGGAUGCACUCCAAGGGGGCAGCCCUGGACAUGGCCCCCUAGGAGACACAGCUGCACCUGCCAUAUUUGUUGAGGCCCAGGUUCUGCUCAGACCAGGGCCUCAGGAAGCAGGGGUCACUGCAGACCAGGUGGGGAGCUGGGGCAAGAGCUGGGCUUUGGGGUCCAGCAGCAUCCAGGAUGGGGGCAGCCUUGGUGGGCCCGGCUUAAGGAGAGGCUGGGUAUCCAUGGGGACGGUGCCACCAUAUGACCCGGGACGCUCGGAGGCCCAAGCUCUGGUGAAUUCUGUGCUCAUGACCUGGGCCCAUGAACUCAAAAUAAAUACAGUAAAAUAA